AUGGCAGGCUCCAAACCUGUGACCGAACUCCCUCGUUUCUUGCGCCUGACCUGGACCUCCGCCUCGCUCGUCCAGGUAGCGCCGCAGUCCGUCUCCGGGCGACCUUGGGUAAUACAAAUGUUGAAGACUGCCUCCUUCAAGUCCGUGUCGAGGCCUCGGACAAUACAUAGCAAUGCCGCUCCUAGCUUGACCGGGAAGCACCCUUCUCAAUCACGGAAGAGACCCCGGACGGACGUUCAACCACUCCCUCGAGAUUCAGUUCCCAUACGACACAAUGGGGUUUAUGCCGCUACAUUUAAACCUGCACGCCGGGCGUUCUCGACGACACCUGUGCACCAUAAAGCCCACCACUUUGACACGCUGCGAUUCGUGCAGAGAUUGAAAGACGAAGGCUUCACAGAAGAGCAGGCGGUGGCCAUGAUGCGUGUCCUCAACGACGUGAUAGAAGAGUCGAUUCAGAAUCUCACUCGAACCAUGGUGCUGAAGGAAGAUGCGGAGAGAAGCACAUAUACGCAGAAGGUCGAUUUUGCCAAAUUGAGGAGUGAAUUGUCCAACGCAGAUAGCACCGAAGCACAAUUAACACGAUCGAGUCAUGACCGUUUAACCAGCGAUCUGGCCAAGUUAAACUCGAGACUACGAGACGAGAUCAGCCGGACGCAAGCCAGUGUUCGCCUUGACCUGAACCUGGAAAAGGGGAGGAUACGGGAGGAAGCGAACGGACAGGAGAUGCGCAUCAAGGAGACAGAAGCUCGAAUUGAGCAAGAGGUGGCCAGUCUCCGCGAGCGAGUAGAAGCGGUCAAGUUCUCGACCCUUCAAUGGCUCAUGGGCGUCUGCACAGGUACCGCAGCACUCAUUUUGGGUGCCUGGCGUCUGUUGAUGUAG